AUGCUAUUGUUUUUCAUGCUUUUGCUCUUCAUCUCCGUUUCAUUGGCUUCAAAGUAUACUUUUGAUGUGGAUGCGUUUCGGGUGAAAGAUUUCGUGCACAUAGCGUGUGGCCAAUUCGACGUGUGCAAUGCGAAUACACGAAAGAACCUCAUGAACACGUACAAUUUUGUCCACGAUGCCAUUUCAACUACCCGCUGGAUAAAAAUGAACCUAACGGGCUCCAUAAAUACCGAGAAACUUCGCCAGAAUCAGCAAAUAUGGCGUGAUCAGUUCUGCAAAACAGUCGAUCCGACGGCUGCGCUUCUUUUCGUCAACCAGGCAGUCAUCGAGACAUAUGAGAUUGCUUGCGUCUCAGAAGGCGGCAGUCGAGUACAAUUCUGUGCACUGGCUCCGAGGAAGCGGCCAAAAGAUGUGUAUGAGUACAUUGAAGCAAAGGAUUGGCAAAGAAAGGUGAAGCAGUUGCGAAAGGCUAUUGACUGCAGUCCAGACGAUAUUGAGAUAGCUAAUCAGUUGCCUGAAUUGCACGUUUGUCGAAAAAAUUGUAUCCACGGUGGCGUUUCACUUUCCGGGUUACUCAUGCUUCUCUUGCUGAUGUUCUUCUCCUUUUCGUGCAUUGUUUACCAUUUCGGUCGAGAC